AUGGAUUGUUUACUGGAUUCAGAUGGAUUGUUUGUUGGACUGUUAAGUCCAUCAGUGCAUGGUUUUGAUCUAUCCAAACGCCAAGAUGUGAAUAAUUUACUCAAUUUAUUAGAAAACGGAACAAUAUCGGACCUUGACGAAGAAAGUGACGAUGAAAUUGUACAGGCAAUACCAGAAAAAAUUGUUCGAGUGGAUAGUAAUAUAACACAACCAAAUGAAAGAGUAAUAGUUGAUCACUCUGAAGGAAGGAAGGAGGAAUAUAUAGAGGAGAAAGAACCAAGAACCGGAUCAAGUAAUAAGCCUAAAAAUGACAUAAUUUGGAGAAAACAUUUACAGCUUGAACCACCACAAUUCAUUUGGUCAGCUCCACCACCUUCUGAAAUAGAUUCACCUCUCGCUCAAAUCGAUUACUUUUAUAAAUAUAUAACCGAGUCCCUAAUUGAAAAUUUUUCUUUCAAUAUUUUUAAAGAAUAUGGCCAGAGAUAG